AGCAAUGUUCCAUGUUAUAUUGUUGAGAACCUGGCCGCUUAAUGGAGCUUGGAAUUCCGGAGUUCCUUCUUGUUCUCCCUGAAAAGUACUUGAAGUUAGGACCCGAUUUAUCUUCAUCACAUUGUAAACAAUCGUUCAAACUCCCGUCUGGUUUGUUAAAGGGCUCGUUCCUGAUAUCACUCCACAUACAGGUCCAAAAGCACUGGUCUCUUGUGUUCAGAAUAUUGUAUUCCCAUAUUGUGAUACACUGCUCGGAGAAACCAAUUUUCUGCAGACACUCAUGUUGCCACUCGGACGAGAUGACACCUUCCUUGCCACAUGUCCUGGUAGAAUCCGUUAAGUUCUGCCUAAUGUACACCCCCAGGUCCUGUAGAGUGGAGCAGCUCGCACAGUGUCCCUUGUGUGUGAUGGAGAAGUUGGCAGCACCCGCCUCCCCUUCAGAGUUAAAGUUCUUCAGUCUGUAUCUCCGGAGACCGGUAUCAGGGUCAGUGGUGUUGGACCACUGCAUGGCACAGUACACAUCUGUAGAGGGAGGUGGGUUGGUAGGAUCAUCGUAUGGGUUAGUGCUAACGUAGCCCACAAGGGUUGGGAUGGGUUCUUCAAGAAGGUCAGGGGACCCAUGGGCCACGAACCAGUCCCCCAGCACUACUCGGUCCUGGCCACAUGUAUCAGAUACUGCUAAACUCAUCAGUAGAGCAGAUACGACAACAAGAUUAAUCCUGAACAUCAUCUGUCAGCUGAAUGUGAAGUGAGAUUGAAGUCUUUGAAUCUUACUUCAAACACUGUUAAUAGACAAAAAUGAAAAGUGUUGUGGACAACAAAUGAGAUCAAAGCGUAAAGGGUUCUGUAAACUGCACCUGGUACUGUUUCUUUGAUAAAAACCUGUCAGAAAAGUGGUAAGAGAAUCAGCAGUCAGUUGUCUGUUCACUGUCGGAUAAGCUUUGAAAUAUAACACCACCCCUAGUGUACUGUGAAAGUUAGCAACAAUCACUUUACAGAAUUAAAGUAAAGAUUAGUACACCUGUAAGCGUAGAGGUUCUUAUGCUGGAUUAUAUAUAUCUAUAGCUCACAUGAGACUAGACUACUUGUUAAUGUAUGUAAUCUCAGAACAAUUAACUAGUAAGCGAUGAGACGGGGAUGACCAUACAAAAUUCUCAUUUCAAGCAAUUAUUGCCUAGAAUCAUCAGCCUAAUGAUUUUGAUACCAAUUUUGAUUAUUUUAAAAGAAAAAUUGUACGCCACAAAAUUGUAUAGCUAGGGAAUAUACUUACUUUAAGUACUUUGAUAUACAAUUGACUAUAACCUAAGUUUACAGCCUCAAAGUCGAAGCUUUACGAUAUCUUUUCCAAAAGCUAACUGAUAGAUUGUCUCGUGCAGUUGCAAUCACAUGCUUCCCAUCAAAAUGUUUUAACUCGCAAAUCGCUUGAUCAGUCAAGCACAGACUCAAUACUCGUAUUGGGGCGGGAUUGUGAUGCAUGACUGCUACAUUUGUUGACAUUACUUGAAGUCUACGAAUGCAUGCUGAGAAUGAAUCAGCUUGGUAACAGCAAGCAAAAACAAACUUUAGCUGUACAAGUGCACGUUACCCCGGGAACAAUAAAGACAAUUUGUCAACGAUCAUUGCAUAUAAAUUGUCCGAUUAUCGCUUCACAUUCAUUCUGCUGAAAUUUUGUUAGUCUCGUAUCGUUACUCCGAAGCCAACUCUUGACUAUAAUAAUCAUGCGUGAGUGUAUCUCGAUUCAUCUCGGACAAGCCGGUGUACAGAUCGGUAAUGCCUGCUGGGAACUUUACUGCCUGGAACAUGGUAUCCAGCCUGAUGGCCAGAUGCCUUCUGACAAAACCAUCGGAGGUGGUGAUGAUGCUUUCAACACAUUCUUCAGCGAGACUGGAUCUGGAAAGCACGUACCCCGUGCUGUCUUCCUCGACUUGGAACCCACAGUCAUUGAUGAAGUGAGGACUGGAACCUACAGACAGCUUUUCCAUCCUGAACAGCUCAUCACUGGAAAGGAGGAUGCUGCCAACAACUACGCUCGUGGUCACUACACCGUCGGCAAAGAGAUUGUCGAUCUCUGCCUGGACAGAAUCAGGAAACUGGCCGACCAGUGCACCGGUCUUCAAGGAUUCCUUGUCUUCCACUCCUUCGGUGGAGGUACCGGAUCUGGGUUCACUUCUCUUCUCCUGGAGAGACUGAGUGUGGACUACGGAAAGAAGAGCAAACUUGAGUUCGCUAUCUACCCUUCACCUCAGAUCUCUACUGCUAUUGUUGAGCCAUACAACUCUGUCCUUACCACCCAUACCACCCUCGAGCACUCUGACUGUGCCUUCAUGGUCGACAAUGAAGCCAUCUACGAUAUCUGCCGCCGAAACCUGGACAUUGAGAGGCCAACAUACACCAACUUGAACAGACUGAUUGGACAGAUCGUCUCCUCCAUCACUGCUUCUCUUCGAUUUGACGGUGCCCUGAAUGUUGAUCUGACUGAGUUCCAGACUAACUUGGUGCCAUACCCCAGGAUUCACUUCCCUCUGGUGACCUAUGCUCCAGUCAUCUCCGCCGAAAAGGCUUACCACGAGCAGCUCUCAGUUGCUGAGAUCACCAACGCUUGCUUCGAGCCAGCCAACCAGAUGGUGAAGUGUGACCCACGACACGGCAAGUACAUGUCUUGCUGUAUGUUGUACAGAGGAGAUGUUGUCCCCAAGGAUGUCAACGCUGCCAUUGCCACCAUCAAGACCAAGAGAACUAUCCAGUUUGUCGACUGGUGUCCUACUGGAUUCAAGGUCGGUAUCAACUACCAGCCACCAACAGUUGUUCCCGGAGGUGAUCUUGCCAAGGUACAGAGGGCUGUCUGCAUGUUGUCCAACACUACCGCCAUCGCUGAAGCCUGGGCUCGUCUUGACCAUAAGUUCGAUCUUAUGUACGCCAAGAGAGCUUUCGUCCACUGGUACGUAGGAGAGGGUAUGGAGGAGGGAGAGUUCUCCGAAGCUCGAGAAGAUCUGGCUGCUCUGGAGAAGGACUACGAAGAGGUCGGUGUCGACUCUGUUGAGGGUGAAGGUGAAGAAGAGGCCGAAGAAUACUAAACUAAGUAAAAACUUUUCAACUAUAUCACCCUGAUGUGAUCAGAAUCUUUUUCACAAUAUUUGUGUAAAUGUUUGUUCUUUGAUUAAAUCUUAGUUCAAAA